CAGGACGUGAACGCAGCAUCUGGCCAGGGGCGGGUAGGCGCUAACCGUGCAGUAUGGCGGACGAUGGAGACAGUUCGAGCGGACCAGUUGACACAAGCGGCGGGCAGGGGGCAGCGGACGAGUCGGACGGGCUCGGCCUCGGCGGGAUGUUGCUGAAUAUCAGUAUUCUGGUUCUGGUGGUGGCGGUCUGUCUGGCCGUGUACCGGCGGUGGGGCAGGCGGCUCGUCGCUGACGCGGCCCAGGGCGACGAGGCCUCGGCGCUUCCCAAGAUGAGGAGACGGGACUUCACUCUGGAGCAGUUGCGGGAGUACGACGGACUCCAGAACCCCCGCAUCCUGAUGGCUGUCAACAUGAAGAUCUUCGACGUGACCAGCGGCAAAAAGUUUUACGGGAAAGAUGGUCCUUACGGCAUUUUCGCGGGUCGGGAUGCCUCGAGAGGCCUCGCCACCUUCUGCCUGGAGAAAGACGCCCUGAGGGACGAGUACGACGACCUGUCGGACCUCAACGCUGUACAGAUGGAGAGCGUGAGGGAGUGGGAGAUGCAGUUCAUGGAAAAAUACGAUUACGUCGGGAGGUUGCUGAAGCCCGGAGACGAGCCGUCGGAGUACACAGACGAGGAGGACAUAAAGGACCACCUGAAACACGACUGAGCGGUUCCAUCACACCGACCAAAGCCUGGAGCCCCACACAGCUGUGACAGACCGCCGCCCCCCCCAGACCUCCUCCUCCUCCUCCUCCUCCUCCUCCUCCUCCUGCCCCAUCCACCUACCUGCCACUCCUUUCUCCUGCCCCCACCCGACCCGACCCACCCACCCCCAAAACUCUUCACCUCCUGAAUCUGUCCGGUGCUGUGGCUGUUCUGGAAGGGCAGGACUCGAGUCGCCCAGACCUCCCUCCCUCCCUCUUCAUCCUGCGAAGAUUUCCACCAACUGAAAGCGAUCGAAAACCCUUCGACGAGGGGCUCGACAGAAAAACACGUCUGGGGGCAGGGAGAGAGUUCGGGGUUGUGCCAUUAGGUGUAUUUGAAAACAAAAACCACAAAAUCUUUUAGUCUCCAGAGGGGGGGGACGUGUGGUCAUCGUGGUCGCCACCGAGCGCUGGGUUGGAAGUUGAUCAGAGGUAGUUCGGAGAUGAUCGGAGACGAUCGGAGAUGAUCAGAGAUGAUCGGGACGGGGAAAACGGAUUUCUCUCUCACUCUUGUUUUUUUUAUUUUUUUUAUCUUUGGUUCAGUCACAUCGCAACUGAAAACUGCUUCAAAGCUUCGGGACAGCUCAUCAAUCACUUAAUCAGUUCUGUUUCUUUUUUCUUGUUCAGAUCAUUUUCACCCCCUUGUUGAGAGGGCGGCGCUGCGGCCGAGAAACGCCGCUGUGGAAAUUAGCGGGGCGGCGCAAUUUUCCUGUUGUGUUUUGUAGUGUAUGCACUACUAGUUUUCUUUGUUUGUCACCAUGUGAUUGUAUUUGUUGAGUAGCAUAGAGCGGGCGGGAAGAGAAGGAGUUCAGGUUGUUUAGUUUCUUUGUUUCUCUGGCUGGGUUUUGGGGGGUUUUUAAAGGUCCUUGCCAUAUGAAUCUUGCUUUUGAAUCACAUCACAUGACGGGACUGAAUCACUGAUCGGGAAUACAAAAAAGGGAAAGGUGAUAAGGCAGUCCUAAUCAAUCGACUACAAUUGUUUACAUGCCUCACAAGCCAGCUGCAAAGUCUGUAGAUUCCCCCCUGAAAAUGGUCCAAGUAUUAAUUGUGCCUUAUUUUGUUCGUUGUGUCAGUCCUGACCGUGCUAACAGAGGAGGCGAGCGGAGGUGACGGAGGUGUCGGGCCCCCCAGACUUUAACGAAGGCAUGCGUUCUGUCAGUCGUCCACGCACAGACUGUAAGACUCCCCCACUUCACAAACUCUGUAAAUAGACCGUAUGAAUUACUCAGUGUUACUGCCAUAUUUAUGUAGUUGAUGAACUCCAUAUAUGUAUAAUGCUAUGUCGUACUGGCCAAACCCCCCCUCCUCUUCCCCCCUCAUGGUUUCUUUACUUUCCUUUCUUUUCUUUUUAAACGUGGGUGAAUUUCCAAAAAAGAAAACAAACACACAAAAAUUACAAAAAAAAAAAAAAGAAAAAAAAAAGAGAGAUGGGAGCGUUGCAAAGUGCUGCAGGGCGGGACCGGGAGCUGUUCUUCUUCUUCUUCUUCUUUUUCUUUUUUUUUUUUUCCCUUCCGGAGAUGUUGCUUAUCCUGUAAAUAUUAUCUGUCAUUUUAUUAAAAAACAAAACACAAAAAAAAAAAUCAGCAUGUUGCAACAACAAAGUGAGCUAUGGCGAAUUUCCCACCACGUCAUUGUAUUUAAAUGUUGGGUGUGUGUGUGUGCGUGUCUGCGUGACAGAGGCAGGAAGGGAUUUGUUCAUGCAUAAUAAAUCGAUUUGGUUAAUAAUUGAA